UAAUAUGAAUGUCAAGAGAAGCUGAGAUAUGGAUGAUCAAUGAAGGGUUUUUGGUCAUUUGGCAGUGAGACCUGCUUCCCCACUAGCUCUGUUGAAGGCUGAUUCAAAUGCAAGAAUCCUCUGUCAGCCAGCUAUAUCCACCAGCUUCUCCAAUGUAACCCUUUUUUUCUGAUCAACUCUUUACUUCCCAGCAUUUCUGAUCAGACGUAAGAUAAACGGAUCAGAUUCAACCUAUUACCAAGCUGAAAUGAUUUUCAUACACACAAAGGUAUCCCAGAUUCACUUGUUGCUGGCAUUUGUGGUGGUUGUCUGUUUCAGAGAGCAGCUCUCUUCCGCUGCCACCUCAGACACCAGUGGAUGAUGCUUUACUUCUCUUCCUUCUGUUUUUCCUGAUCUGGACAUAUCUGUACAUAACCAAAUGGCUGCUGCUGCCCUCAAAGGACUUUUGAGAGGCGAGUCUGGUGCGCAUAGGAUGGACAGGAAAUCUUCUAUUAGAAGGCGUGUUUUUGUUCAAACUGAAACUGGUUGUGUCAUGGGCAUAGAAUUAGACAGGAGUGACAAUGCUCAUACAGUAAAGAGGAGAUUGCAGCUUGCUCUCGAUGUCCCAACCGAAGAGUGUUCAUUGUUUUAUGGAGAUAUGGUGUUGAGAUAUGAUCUAAGUGCUGUUAGAAAUGAUUCUCCCCUGCUCCUUGCAAAGAACUUUUUGCACAGAAGCGCUUCCACUCCAUGUCUCUCACCAACUGGGAAAGACCUUCAACGGAGUGAUCAGAGUGGUCCGAUUGAGAUAUUAGUAUGUUCUUAUAGCUCUGCUGGAAAGAAAAAGUUAAUUAAGGAGAUUGUGAAGGCUAUGAAGAAUGGUAUUGAUCCGAUCCCUGUUUGUGGUGGUCUUGGCGGUGCAUACUAUCUUAGAAACUCGGAUGGAGAUAACGUUGCUAUUGUGAAGCCAACAGAUGAGGAACCUUAUGCUCCUAACAACCCAAAGGGCUUUGUGGGAAAAGCUCUUGGACAACCUGGAUUGAAGCGGUCAGUACGAGUUGGCGAGACGGGGUUUAGAGAAGUGGCAGCUUACCUACUUGACCAUGAUCAUUCUGCGAAUGUACCCUUUACGGUGCUUGUGAAGAUUACCCACUCAAUCUUUAAUGUAAAUGAUGGGGUGAGUAUAAAUAAGUAUCAUAUUAAGAAGCAGAUCAGCAAGAUUGCUUCACUGCAGCAGUUCAUCCCUCACGAUUUUGAUGCAAGUGAUCAUGGAACAUCAAGCUUUCCUGUUUCUGCAGUUCAUCGGAUCGGAAUACUGGAUGUUCGAAUUUUAAACACCGACAGGCAUGCUGGAAACCUCUUGGUUAGAAAGCUUAAAGGGACUGGCAGCCUGGCUGAAGUGGAGCUUAUUCCCAUUGAUCAUGGUUUGUGUCUUCCAGAAAGCUUGGAGGACCCAUACUUUGAGUGGAUACAUUGGCCACAGGCAUCAAUCCCUUUCUCUGAGGAUGAACUUGAGUAUAUACAUAAUCUUGACCCGGAUAGGGACUCUGACAUGCUUAGGAUGGAGCUGCCAAUGAUCCGAGAGGCUUCCCAUCGUGUCUUGGUUAUUUGCACAAUUUUCCUAAAGACAGCAGUGUUUUUUGGAUUUUGUCUUGCAGAAAUUGGUGAGAUGAUGAGUAGGGAGUUUCGAGGCCAUGAGGAGAAACCAAGUGAACUUGAGUUAUUUUGCAUUGAGGCAAGGCAUCGUUUAGACAAGCGAGAAGUAGCCUUUGAAGAGGUUAAGCCAGAAGAUGAUAACCAGUUUCAGUUUGACGCCGAUAGUGAGGAAGAAGAACUAAAAUGCAUGUUUAACAUAGAAGAGAAUUUGGAAAUGAAACCUUUUUGGUCUGGCAGAAAAGGUGGAAAUGGUCGUAUUCUACUGUCAAAGCUGGAGGAGAGCACGGAGGAGAAUGAAGAAGAAGAGGGGACUGAGAAUGGGAAUGAUAGCACUGCUUCAAGGAUAGACAAGCACACUGACCUCGCAACAAACCUAGAGCCACGCAUUUGUAAGUUGUCCAAGUCAGUGAAAUGUGUUCACAAUGGAGAGAAGAGCUGGCAGCACCUGGGCACCUGGCAGAGGACUGGCUAUUUGGCUGGUACAUCAUCUGGAAACAGGAGUGUGAAUGAGCAGCUACCUGCAAGUGGCAGUUUUGUGAAGUUGGCUGAUAUGGAUAAAGAAGAGUGGGAUCAGUUCCUUGAAAAUUUUCAGGAGUUGCUAGUUCCUGCUUUCGCUAGUCGUAGAUCUGCGAGUAUUGGUCACAUGCAGAGACAGAGGCUUGGAACUUCAUGCCAAUUUUAGGGAGAUUGAACAAUAACAGUACAAUAGCUGAUGUUCAAGGAGAAUGUUAGUUGUCAAACAUACCUGGAAAGAUGAAUACCUUUGCUUUACAGGUCUAUCCUCUUGCAGGACCAUUUCUACUUAGGAUUGGAGUCGCCGCUGCAUCUAAUUAUACUUGUGUAAUGGGGAGGGGAUCUGUUUUCUUUUCAUCUUUCACUUUCUGUUCAAUGUGUUUACAUAAAUAAAUUGAGAAUGGAAGGGUGGAACGUAGAAGGGAAUUAGUGAUGUGUGUGUAUAUAUAUCCAGUUAUGAGAAUGGAGUUUACCAGAGUUUCAAUAUAUUUUACUUAUUUGUCCA